AGAUGUAUCCCAGAUGUAGAGACGGAAAGGUGUAUUGAUAGAAUAUGUGCGGUAGAAUACUGAGAAUGGUGAUUAAGAGGAAACGAAGGAGUAAUUGGUAUUAAGUUUAGGCGAAAAUGUUGAUUAAAGCAAGAGGAGAGAGUGAGUUUGACGUGUUAUCAUCGCACGACCUCAAACAAAGAAGCUUGCUUUAAGAUGGUGGCCUCCUGUUUCUAGACUUUUGUUUUUCCUUUCUAAUCGGUCAGCUAUCGCUCAGCGUAAGUCUUUAACCCUACGUUACCAUCUAACUGUGCGUUGGACAUUCACAAAGACACAUUCACACGAGCGUGCACGGCUCGUUUAUUUCGAUAUUGUCAUACUUUUAUAAUCGAUUUAUAGAACACGAAAAGUAACGCCUCAGUUAAAAAUCACGUCCUAGCUGGGCAAGUGACUCGAACGCAGAACCGCCAGUCAACGACGCAGCAACGCUUCCUCAAGACCACUAGAACGUCCCCUCACCGGAGCGGACUUCGCGCCACGCCUUGUCUUGUCUUGACAGAUCAGCGGCCUAUCGGACACUGAUAGCGUCAUCUGUCGCCACAAACCAGCGUGGCCUGUUUUCUUCUGUCCAACAGUUCGCCUUGAGGCGCGGUCGAUAAGAUACGUCCCGGACGGAAUCUGAAGGCGGCCUCGCCUCGCCGUUUCGUGUACAGCCCUGCGAUAGCUGUCAGCGAAAAGACACGUGCUCUGCCACGCAGGUUGGGCGAUGCGGUCGUGCAUCCAGAAGCAAGGGUCCCUGGAGGACGAGAAGCAGCGGCAGUUGGACGCGUUCCUGGUGUCCGUGGUGCGGCACGGCGAGGAGUCGGCGGUGCGCCGCUGCCUGCAGCUGGGGGCCGACCCGAACGCCCGCGGCGCUCCGCCUCUGCACAGGCCGGUUCUCGCCGUGGCAGCCGCCCAGGGACACACGAAGCUGGUGACAGUGCUGCUGCGCGCCGGCGCCGACCCGAUGGCCGCUGAUGCCAAUGCAGUCACUAAAUUCUCCCAGAAGUGACAUGGCUACAACCCAAACAAGAAGAGUUUUAAAGCGAUUGUUGCGAAACAUACAUCAGCAUGGGUGGACGGCGCUGCACGUGUCGGCACUGGAGGACCACGUGGAGAGCACGCGGCUGCUGCUGGCGGCGAAGAACGGUCGUCAGCGGCCGCGGCUGCUGGAGGCGCUCACCUCAGCCGGCCAGACGGCGCUGUUCGUGGCUGCGCAGGCGGGCAGCGCUGACUCGCUGCACCAGCUGCUCCACGUGGGCGCGCACGUCUCCGUCCGAGCCGCUGACAACCAGAGGACCCCGCUGCACGCCGCCGCCGCGCACGGCUUCACCGAGUGCGUGGACGCGCUGCUGAGCCGCGGCGCAGACCCGGACGCGCUGACGGCGCCCGCCGGCUCUUCGGCGCUGCACCUGUCGGCGCAGGCGGGCCACGCAGAGUGCGCGCGGCUGCUGGCCAGGCACGGCGCGCUGCUCGACCGCCGCGACGCCGCCGGCUUCUCGGCGCUCUACACGGCGGCGCAGCGCGGACACCACCAGGUCGUCGACGUGCUGCUGCGCCACGGCGCCCGCGCCUCGCUGCGCAACACCGCCGGCAACACCGCGCUCCACAUCGCCGCGCAGGAAGGCAACAUCAAGUGCGUGCAGCUGCUGGCGUCGGCGAAGGACGCGCCGCUGGAGGUGCAAAACGACCUGGGCUUCACGGCGCUCUACACGGCCGUGCAGGGGAGCCACGUGGGCGCGGUGCGCACGCUGCUGCAGGCGGGCGCCAAACCCGGGACCCCGGGGCCCGGCGGCUACACGCCGCUGCACGUCGCGGCAGAGGACGGCCACGUGCUCAUCGUGCAGCUGCUGCUGACCGCCGGCGCGGACCCCAAGCAGGUAACAGACACGGGGUGGACGGCGCUUCAUUCGGCAGCGCAGGAAGGCAAAGAGGGCGCGGCGCAGCGGCUGCUCUUCUCGAUGGGGUCCCACGUGAACGCCCAGGACGCCGACGGCUGCUCAGCGCUCCACGUGGCGGCCGCGUGGGGGCGCGCCGGCGUGCUGCGAGAGCUGUUGGCCGCGGGCGCUGACGUCGCGCUGCGCAUGGCGGACGGGCGGUCUGCGCGCGACCUGGCGCAGCAGACGGGACACUUCGCGUGCGCCAAGCUGCUCAGCAAGCACGAGAGGCGCAUGCGCAGGCGAGGCCUCGCCACGCUCAGUGCGACGCUCGGCGUCGACACCACAGACACGUGCGCCUGACGACGGCGGCGCCGACUGUCGCGGUUCUUCAGUUCAACCUGUGUCUGCUCUCGACCAAACUUCAACACACACGGAUUCCACUGCAAAGGUCGCUCUUAUUUCGAAUACCGCAUAUGAGGCACUAAAGGCGUUACAGUUGUGAAUUUUCAACUGUACAAAAAACCUAUAUUUUCGACACUUUACGAACAUCCGUGUCGCGUGACACGCACACACAUUCCAUUAAUUGAGGAACCCGAUGUGGCUCCACCUACUACAAAAGAUUUAGGGAAAGAAACACCACGAACAUCAACUGACAGUGAGAAAAGGGAUGGUGCUAAUUCAACAGUUUGCUUGUGGAUUCUAUCUUCGUCUUGUUGGAACAUAUCCCGACGUCUUCUCAUUCUUGGAGUGAACUGACAAUUGCUGAAUUUUUAACUGAAGCUGCAAUUACAUUGCCUCGACGGUUACUCCAUUUGAGACACUGACUUUCACUGAGCAACAGAAAUUAGCAUCAAUCACCGUCAUUUUGUAGUGUUGUAAGCAUGCUGAGCAUGAACUACCGGUUGAUCCUAAAAUGUGGUUCCUGUAAUUGCUAUGUGGUGCAUGUUCGAUGCAGAGAGCUGCCAUCUUCCUGAAAUUGCCUUACUUCGAAUAGUUAAAACAUUUUAGAAGUUCCUGAGACAUUUGUUGCUAUUCAUAAUCCAUUUUUUUUUAUUUCCGCCAGAAGCAUGUUCCCUGAUGAGUCCAUACGACUCAUUAAGUUACGAAAAAUGUGCAUUUGCAUAAGCGACAUCUCUCACAUUAACACUGUCCAUCUGUAAAAGAACGUCAAAAUUACAUAAAUUUCAUUUGUAUACAUGUUAUAUUUAUCUACCUCAUUAAUAAAUUGUUGCAGAAAUACCUACAAAUUUUAAAUUAAUUCCGUCGCUCUGCACACGGCCUCGCUCCAAGAUAAUGUUAUUCCAACUGAAUCGGAAAACAAACUGCACAGGAAGCUGUAUGUGUUUAUGAAACAACAAACAUCUUUGCGGCAAAGAUCUGUUACAGUAUUCAAAACAAGUGAACUAUUCUUCUGAAACUGUCAGUAGCAACUAUGCAAAACAACACAUCCCAUAUUCAGUUACUGCUAUUACGUGUGCGCAACCACAAAUGUCGGUAGAAAUAUAUAAUAAAGAAUAGUUUUGUAUGCUUUGGCUGCAAUAAAUAGAAUAUCGGUUAUUUUGUAGAA